GCUGACAGGUCAAGUUCACAUCACCUGAGACCCUCAAAUGCAAUACGAAGGACUUCUUCCUUGGACGCCAUAACUGGAACCUACCUGAGCGGGCACUGGCCUCGGGACCCUCAUGUGCACUACCCUACAUGUAUGAAUGACAAGUCCACACAGACACCAAGCUGUUGGGGAGAAGAGGCUACGGAGAAGAAAAUCGGCCAUCAGCGGUCUGCGUCCUGGGGUAGUGCGGAUCAACUCAAAGAGAUCGCCAAACUAAGACAGCAGUUACAGCGGACCAAGAACAACACUCGUCACAUCAAAGAUAAAGACAGUCCAUCGCCUCUCCAGGGAAACCACAUAGCAAUCAAUCAUACUCAGGCUUCAUCAUCCCGAUCCAUCCCUGUGCCCACUGCAAGCAUCCUGGUACCCAAAUCUGUAGGCACCAGAGUUCCAUGUAACGUUGAAGGAAUAAGCCCGGAACUCGAGAAAGUCUUCAUUAAAGAAUCUAGUGAAAAAGACGGAGUCAAGCCUUUAGAAAUUCCUGAUGGACGUCGAGCUCCAUUACCUUCCACAUAUCGCAGCAGCAGCACACGCAGCAUCGACACUCAGACGCCUUCUGUCCAAGAGCGAAGCAGCAGCUGCAGCAGCAACCAUUCCCCAUGUGCUUCUCCAUCCUGUCCCCCUGAAUCACAGGAGGGCAGCCCUUGUUCCACAGAUGAUCUGCUCUUUGACAGAGACAAAGACAGUGGGAGUAGCUCACCGCUGCCCAAGUACGCCUCCUCUCCCAAACCAAACAACAGCUACAUGUUCAAACGGGAGCCCCCAGAGGGAUGUGAGCGCGUGAAGGUCUUUGAGGAGAUGUCGUCUCGUCAGCCAGUCCCUACCGCUCUCCUUUCAUGUCCUGACAAAAACAAGGUUAACUUCAACCCCACCGGAUCAGCGUUCUGUCCUGUAAAGCUCCUGACCUCCUUGCUCAUUACUUCGGACCUGACCAUCAAGAAUCUUCAGAACCCUGUCCCGAGCUCUGCUGUGACUGUUGAGCACCUAACAUCUCAGGUCUCCAAUUCCUCCCUGACCGAUAAUGCCACCAGCACCGUAGACAACACUGAAGCCAAUGGCCAAGACUCCUCACAAGAACAGCAACAUGGUGGGGAGAGACCAGCUGAUGAUCAGUUAUCACGGUCCCCUCCAUCUUCUCCCCACAAUCAUGUUGUCAUGUAA